AUGAACAUUUUCCAGAAAGAGAACACAAAACGAGAGGAGAAAGAUGUAAAGAACUCACCGGAGGAAGAGAUGGAGGAUUGGGAAAGGAGAACGUCGGCUAUGGUAGAACAACGCGCAAUGACGACGGCCGGAGUGAACAGAGGUUCGCCGGAGUUCAAAGAGGAAAAAGCAAGAAUUCCGGAGAAGUCUCAGAGAAAGAGUUUCGGAAAAGUGAAAAGCAUAGGGGUUAAUUACGGGAGAAAUGGAGACAAUCUUCCAUCCCCCACUGAUGUUGUAGGCCUUUACAAGAAGUGUGGCAUUGAGCUUAUAAGACUCUAUGACCCAAGCCCUGAUGCGUUAGAAGCACUAAAGGGGUCUAACUUGCAAGUGAGUCUUGGGGUGAAGAAUGAAGAUGUGCAAACCUUAGGCUCAGACCCAAAUGCUGCUACCCAAUGGGUCAACCAAAAUGUUUCCCCUUACAAGGAUGAUGUUAGUUUCAGUUGGAUCGUAGUUGGAAAUGAGGUAAUUCCAGGAACCCAAGGCCCUUAUGUCACACAAGCCAUGCAAAACAUACUCAAUGCCAUAAAUUCAAUUGGCUUAACUAAUACCAAAGUGACCACAUCUUUUUACAUGUCUGGCCUUGCAACCUCAUACCCUCCAUCAGCAGGGGCAUUCACCAGUGAUGUAGAGAAUGUUAUGAGGAGUGUUGCACCUUUUCUAGCUCAAAAUGGAGCACCCCUUAUGGUCAAUGUGUACCCUUACUUUCCUUACUCAUCAGAUCCCUCUCAUGUCAGCUUCCAGUACGCCGCAUUUCAAGCAGGCGCAGACCCUGUCAUAGAUGGUGACUUGAAAUAUGAUAACCUGUUUGAUGCAAUGAUUGACUCAAUUUAUGCAGCACUAGAGAAGAUUGGUGCAGGAAAUGUUAAUCUAAUUGUUGGAGAAACAGGUUGGCCUACUGCAGGGAAUGAGCCUUACACAAGUAAGGAUAAUGCUAUGGCCUAUAAUAGCGGCCUUAUAAGCCAUCUAUCAACUGGUGCAGGCACACCAAGAAGACCAAACCAAGCUCUGAAUGCUUUCAUAUUUGCCAUGUUCAAUGAGGACCAGAAACCGAGUGGAGUAGAGCAAAAUUGGGGAAUCUUUUCUCCAAGCAUGGCUGCUGUUUAUCCCCUUUUUAAUUGUUGAUUGAGGAGGCAACGAUGCAUAUGUAAAAGUAAAAAAUUAUCAAAUUUUG